AUGGACGCUCUGCUACGACAAUCGCGCUCAAUGUGCCCCUUCCUUAACAAAACCUCGCCCGCCACGCUGCGAUCACUGUCUACGGCAACCACUCCCCAUCAUGCCUCACCUGGUGGUGGGACUAUCUCCAACCUACAGGUCCUCGCCCGCCGUUGCCCUAUCAUGGGCAAGGCUAUGGCUGUUCAGGCAAGCAAAGCUGGUGGCCACGCGUUGAAUGGUGUCUUUGGGGGAACAAAGGCGUACAGUGGAAAAGCAAAGAUGCACACUACGAGGCCCCACUACGCAAGCGUUGCUCAAGAAAUGUUGAAACGCAACGAGCAGGUACCUGUGUCCGACGCUGUGAAGCCUGCACUUCGCGCUCAAGACGUCGCCAUUCCUGGCCCCAAGCCUGCUGCUCCUACUACCAGUAAAUUCAACUACGAGGGUUUCUACCAGAAUGAGUUGGAUAAGAAACACAAAGAUAGAUCAUAUCGCUACUUUAACAACAUUAACCGCCUUGCUCGUGAGUUCCCACAGGCGCAUAUGUCAGACAAGGAGAAGCGGGUGACUGUCUGGUGCUCUAAUGACUAUCUGGGUAUGGGACGUAAUCCGGAGGUGCUGAAGACAAUGCAUGAAACUCUAGACACCUAUGGCUCCGGUGCUGGUGGCACUCGCAACAUCUCUGGACAUAAUCAGCAUGCUGUGGCGCUUGAGUCUACAAUCGCCAAUUUGCACGCACAAGAAUCUGCUUUGGUGUUCUCGUCCUGCUAUGUUGCCAAUGACGCUACUCUAGCGACUUUGGGCUCUAAGCUUCCGGACUGCGUCAUCCUGAGUGACAGCAUGAACCACGCCUCAAUGAUUCAGGGCAUCCGCCACAGCGGUGCGAAGAAAAUGGUCUUCAAACAUAAUGACCUGCACGAUCUUGAGACAAAACUCGCCUCUCUGCCCCCCAACGUCCCUAAAAUCAUCGCCUUUGAAUCCGUCUAUAGCAUGUGCGGCUCCAUAGGACCUAUCGCCGAAAUCUGCGACUUGGCCGACAAAUAUGGCGCCCUAACCUUUCUCGACGAAGUCCAUGCAGUCGGCAUGUAUGGGCCAAACGGUGCCGGCGUAGCCGAACACCUCGACUUUGAAGCUCACGCCCAGGGCAAACCAGAAAACACAAUCAUGUCCCGCAUCGACAUUAUCACCGGCACCCUUGGAAAAGCCUACGGCUGCGUAGGCGGUUACAUCGCCGGUAGCGCCGCCAUGGUCGACACCAUCCGCUCCCUCGCACCGGGCUUCAUCUUCACGACUUCCCUACCCCCAGCAACCAUGGCCGGCGCAAAGACCGCCAUCGAGUAUCAGAAGCGCCACUCGGAGGACAGAAGGCUGCAACAACUCCACACUCGCGCCACACGCGCCGCGCUCGUCGAGCAGGGCAUCCCUGUGAUGCCGAAUCCAAGCCAUAUCAUCCCUGUCCUCGUUGGCAACGCCGAAGUCGCGAAACAAGCUAGUGAUUUGUUGUUGAAGAAUCAUGGGAUCUAUGUGCAAGCGAUUAAUUAUCCGACUGUGCCGAAGGGGAGGAGAGAUUGA